AUUUGGUCCCUGAGAUUUGAAAACUAUAGAAGUGGUCCCUGAAUUUGUCCACAAUCAAUCGUUUUCGUCAUUCCAUGAAAAUCUCUGUUAAAUAAAAGACCAAAAUAACAAAAUAUUAAUUUUAUCGAUUUUAAAUCUCAAUGACCAAAAUGAAGAGUUAUGCUAAUCUCAAAAACCAUUUUGGUUAAAAAAUCAUCCCUUAAUAUGUACACAGAGAGAACAAUCCGUGAUAUGAAAACCCAAAUCAGAACAUAAAAGAAAAAAAUAUUGUGAUGUAAGCAGAUGUCGCAUUUCCAAAAUAUAAUCACAAGGGCAUGGUGAAACACAGAAAAAACCAUAACUAAAACACUUUUCUAUACAAGAAAGAAGCAAAAUUCUUGGAUGUCAGUACUAGGAAAAUGACAUAGAAAAGCACUAAAAUUUGAGUAAAUGAAAUCAUCCUUAAUUAGUAUAUUCUUUUUACAAGACGAUAUUUUAAACUAUAUUAAUUUAUUUAAAGGAAGAUUCGAAUUUAAAUAUAAGAAGGUAUACGCCGACCAACUAGUUUAAUCACAUUUACAUAAAAUUAGUAAUUGGGUCAACAAAUUGUACCUUUCUACACCAUAACUCAGGUUAUAGCAUUUGACACGUUACCCUUCUCUGGUCUGAUUCAAAUUUGUCAUCUUUGACUGUUUGACAACCAGAAUGUUCAAGUCACCAACCUCCCAAUCAUUUUUCUGCAAAUUGUACAUAGAAUAGUGAACUCUCUCUGUCUCUCGCUCUCUCUUUCUCUGUCUCUCUCUGUCUCUCUCUCAGGAAAUAUGAAUGAUGAGGUGACUCACCAGAGGAUCAAAACUAAUGGAAUAUGGAUGCACAUAGCGGAGCAAGGGACAGGGCCUCUGGUGCUUCUCCUCCACGGCUUCCCGGAAAUAUGGUAUUCGUGGCGCCACCAGAUCGGUUUCUUGGCUAAGCAUGGCUACCAUGUUGUUGCUCCUGACAUGAGAGGCUAUGGCGACACCGAUGCCCCUCUCAACCCUACCUCCUACUCCAUUCUCCACCUCGUCGGCGACCUUGUUGGCCUCCUUGAUCAUUUUGGUGGACAACAGGCAUUUGUGGUGGGACAUGACUAUGGAGCCAUUGCAGCUUGGCACCUGAGCCUUCUCAAGCCCGAGAGAGUCAAGGCCGUCGUUGCACUAUCUGCUCCAUACUUCGAAAGGUCUUCAAGCACCAGGAAUUCCGAUUCGAUGAGGCAGCUGUUCGGCGAGGGGUGUUACGUUCAUCAGUUUCAGGAGCCAGGAAGAGCAGAAAAAUCGUUUGCGAGAUACGAUUAUUUGACGGUGAUGAAGAAGUUCCUGCUGUAUAACAAGACAGAUUAUCUGGUGGCUCCUCGUGGAAUGGAGAUAAUCGAUUAUCUGGAGACACCGGCAGUGUUGCCGCCAUGGAUUUCUGAAGAAGACCUCCAAGUCUAUGCUCAAAAGUUUGAGGAAUCUGGCUUCACUGGUGCUCUCAAUUAUUUUCGUACAAUUGAAAUGUACUGGGAGCUCAUGGGGCCAUGGCAAGGUUCAAAGAUUAAUGUUCCAGCAAAGUUCAUUGUGGGUGACAAAGACAUUGGUAUUGAAGUUCUGGGCACAAUGGAAUAUGUAAAAGGAAGUGUUUUCAAGAGUCUUGUGCCGAACCUGGAAGUCGUGAUCUUAGACGGCCACCAUUGUAUCCAGCAAGAGAAAGCUCAAGAAGUCUCCGACGAGAUUCUUUCCUUCCUACGCAAGUUUUCUACAGAAUAGAGUUUGCCAGUCUAAGUGAGAGUUUUGCCUUACCUAUUUUUCAAUGUUAAUACAAUGUAUGACAUUUGCAAGUAUUUGUCCGAUGGUGAUACGAUUCACAACUA